UGAUAGAAAGGGGUCAGAAUACACAGUGCAGGACGGGGUCAGGGCUGUUUUGGCAGCAACACAAUAUUAGGCAAGUGGUCAUAAUGUUAUGCCUGAUCGGUGUACGCUUGCUUUACUACUUCACACUGAUGAAGAGAAAAAUUGGUCCCGAAAUAAGCAUGUAUGAAUUCUUUUCUUAUGAUCGGUAAUGAUGAAUUGGUUUAAUGAUUAUUUACUCUUAGUAUAUAAUAAAUGAUUUAUAGCAUCAAACUAUGAUUACUGAAUAAAUAAUGAACAUGAAUAACCAAAUAAAACAAAUUGAAAAACCAACAAUAAAGGUAAUAUUUAAGCAUAGACCUCAAGUGUAACCUUAUGUUAACUUGUUAUGUCAGAUAAAAGAUAAAAAUUAAUUUACACAUGCGAUUAUUUAUUUAACCCACUGUGCCCAGUGAUGUUUUUCAUCCAGUCACAAAUGAGAUCAUAGAUAGAUCAAACAGCAUUUACUGAAAUGUUUAUAGUCUCUCUCUUUUCCUUCCACAUCACAAAAGCAUGUCAUGGACUAGUGUCACAUCAAGGUCAUACAGUGUGUCACACAUCCAGUGGUGUCACACAUCUGUAUCAGGCUUAGUAAAUGUUUUACUCAGGCCCAAAAAGAUGACAUUAGAAACAAUAUUCUAUUCUAAACUCAGAUUAUGACGUUUAAAUGAAUCUCUGUUGUUCCACUAGAGGGUAUAAUAGAGCAAUAAUCCUAAAUAUUAACUUCCUCCCACUUCAGUAUUAUUUGCUAUUUCAUGAUUUUUGUAUAUUCAUGACACAUAUUCCCAGUUCAUGUGGUGAAAGCUUAUACCUCUCACAGUAAAAGGUAAAAUCUGUAACCUCUCACAUAUUUUAUUACACAAGCUAAUACCGUGCUUCUCAUCACAGCUUAUAAAGUAAGAACAGCGCUACUGACUUAAAAUGAAUAUAGAAGUCUUUCUUUGGAGAUCCCAUCCAUGGAGGGUUGGGGUCAGAGCUCAGGGUCAGUCAUGAUGCAGCACCCCUGGAGCAGGGGGAGGUUGGGGGCCUUGUUUAAGGGCCCAACGGUGGCAGCUUUGUGAUGGUGGGGCUUGAAGCCUCCGGUCAACGACCCAGAGCCUUAACCACUUGAGCUACCACCACCUCCAUAUAACGACAUAACAACAAUUAAGUACGAAAUCAAACAUGAUGGGACAUGCUGUUACAGGAAAUUAUUCCAAAGCAAAAAUGGUGUGACUAGUUUCCUAAAACAGCAAUUACUGAAGUGCAUUCUUGUAUAUUCAUGACACAUAUUCCCAGUUCAUGUGGUGAAAGCUUAUACAGUGUGUGAAUGUGGGUGUAGUAUGCUGAUUUAAGAUUAAUUUUAAAUACAGAUUAAUCUCAUAAUACAGAACGAUUCAAGGAUUCAAGGCUUUAUUGUCAUAUGUGCAGAUGAAAGUCUUCGUUAGAUGCAUCUCUGCAGCCAAUAAACAGAGAGGGAGUACACCUCGAUAUUUUAAUAAUGGAUUUAAUGGUGCCCUAUAGCAAUUGCACUAUAUUGCCAAAGGUUUUGGGACACCCCUCCAAAAUCAUUGAAUUCAGGUGUUGUUUUUCAGGGGUUGGGAUCGACCCCUUAGUUCCAGUGAAAGGAACUCUUAAUGCUUAAGACAUUUAGGACAACUUUGUGGGAACAGUUUGGGGAUGACCCCUUCCUGUUCCAACAUGACUGUAUACCAGUGCACAAAGCAAGGUCAAAUAAAGACAUGGAUGAGGGAGUUUGGUGUGGAGGAACUUCACAUAGUCCUGACCUCAACCCGACAGAACACCUUUGGGAUGAAUUAGAGCGGAGACUGAGAGCCAGACCUUCUCGUCCAACAUCAGUGUGUGACCUCUCAAAUACGCUUCUAGAGGAAUGGUCAAAAAUUCCCAUAAACACACUCCUAAACCUUGUGGAAAGCCUUCCCAGAAGAGUUGAAGCUGUUACAGCUGCAAAGGGCGGAGUCAACUCCAUAUUACAUUCAUGUGCAUGUAAAGGCAGACGUCCCAAAACCUUUGGCAAUAUAGUGUGUAUAUAUAGAGAAAGAUCAUUAUUUCUAACUCUGACAUGUCAGCAUGUCCUGUUCUUUUGCUAUGUUUUCUAUUCAGACUAAUGUUGUGUGUGUUUCCUUGGAAAACAAUCAAAUUUUUGAGUGAUCCCAAACUUGAGCGGUAGUGUAGAUAGAUGGAUAGAUGGAUGGAUGGAUGGAUGGAUGGAUGGAUGGAUGGAUGGAUGGAUAGAUAGAUAGAUAGAGACUGUAUGAAGCUGUAGGUUCUCAAGGGCACAAUGAAAGCCAGACGCUUCCAUUAUUUUUUAAAUUUAAAUUUAAACACAAUGAAUUCUUCAGUUAUUUAACGUGUCUGUUCCUGACACUGCUUACUGUUCAGCAAACUGAGCAAACAUUGAUCUACAUGGUAAUAUAAAAAGUAAUGGAGGACGAGGCAAAGAUAUUGAAAAGAUGUGGCUACACACUGGACUGUUCCCUGGGUAAAGGGUCUUCCGCUAAGGUCAUGUCUGCCUACUCUAGAGAACUGAAAAGAAAAGUUGCUCUCAAGAUCAUCGACCGGACAAAAGCCCCUGCUGAUUUUCUGCAGAAAUUCCUGCCACGGGAACUGGAUAUCCUCUCCACGCUCAACCACCCACACAUCGUGAAGACCUUGAAGAACUUUGAAAUAGGUGCAAAGCUGUUCAUCGUGAUGGAACUGGGAGAGCGGGGCGACUUGCUUCGGUUCAUUAACACCGAAGGGAAACUCUCUGAAGACCUCUCCAAAAAGAUGUUUCGCCAGAUAGCACUUGCCGUCAAGUUCAUUCAUGACCAAGACAUCGUCCAUAGGGACCUGAAGUGCGAGAACCUGCUGCUGGAUAAAGACUUCAAUGUGAAACUUGCAGACUUUGGCUUCAGCAAGAGACUAGAGUAUGUGGAUGGACAUAUGGUGCUGAGUGACUCAUUCUGUGGGUCUAUCGCCUACGCCUCACCAGAGUUACUGCAGAAUAUUCCUUAUAACCCGAAACCGAAUGACGUGUGGAGCAUGGGUGUUGUGCUGUUCAUUAUGCUGACCGGUACCAUGCCAUUCGAUGACUCUAGUCCUAGGGCAAUGUUGAAGAUCCAGAAGAAACAUGGCAUCAAUUUCCCUAAAUCUGUCAAGGACAAGUACAAGGAUGCGCAUGACCUGAUCUCCUGCAUGCUGGACCCUGACCCAGGCCGGAGGAUUGAUAUCAACCACAUCCUCGAACACCGGUGGCUGCGGGAGGACUCCGCCCCAGCUAAAGGUACCCAGAAACAACGGAGAGGCCUGUCUACAUCAAAAGCCGGCACAAAGCAUGCUGAACACAAGAGGGCCAAGAAACCUCCAGCAGAUACAGGCAAUCCUUCCAGCAAUUCAGCAGCAGUGCCACCAAGCUCACCUAAAGCCCCGAAGGCAAAACGACCCUUUCUGUAA